GAGUACAGCAGGAUCUGAGAGCGCUCAGGUCUUUAAACAAAUAACAAAUACCUUGUACUGCAGGACUUAGUGUCCCGACCAGGUUUUAUACUCAGCAAAGAUGGGUUGCAAUUUGAGAGGAUUAUUUGCUGUAGCGACUGCUCUUAUUUUAUUGGAAAAUGGUUGUGGCUUCCGCUUGUCGGGGUCCAGUGAGGCCAACAUUCAGCAUCUGAGGAGAGAGAAGCGCUGUUCUUGUAACAACCUGAGAGACAAGGAAUGCAUCUACUUCUGUCACAAGGACAUCAUCUGGGUCAAUACACCAGGGAAAACCACACCUUAUGGCUUAGGAAGUCCAGCAACACGCCGCAAAAGAUCAACUCCAAGGUGCGAAUGUGCAAAUUCCAAGGACAGAAUAUGUUCACAUUUUUGCCAGUUGGACACAUUGAGAGACAGUAGUAUCCAGCAGCAAACUGGAAGCACAAGCACACAAAACCAAAAGCCACCCCAGCACCAAACCAUUAACUCCAGCAUAAAGCAGCAGCACCACAGAACCCGGAAUGGACAUCUGUUUCGGAUUUUAAGACAAAUUGCAUCAUCAAAAAUCCAGACAAUUCAGAGGGAGUACUUCUUAAAGAAGCAAAAUCGAGUUACUUUGACACGGGAUGAGCUAUACCGAGAGGGAAGGAGAUGAGCUGUCCAGGUUAAGUUUACUCUUUUCCUGAGAGAGAAGGUGCCGUCUUCGGCUUCUGUUUCUUCUUCCAUUGAUGGCACGUGAGGUGCCAGAAGUGAACAAGAAGAUGGCUGGAGGGAUUGGAUGCACACCACAAGUAUUAAUCAGCUGGCGUUGAGCGCUUGUGUCCCUGUAUCAGAAGUAACAAUGGAGAGAGAGACAUGGAGAUCAAGGAAGAAAGCUGAGCCUGAAUGCUGUUCAGGAUUUGUCAGAACCCUUAUAUAUUUUUUAAAAAUGGCUUGGGAUUGAGCAGGAUACUUAUAACAGUUUGCUAUAUCUAUAUAGCAAGGUUGGUAAGAGGGGAAAAAAUACUGACUUUAAAAUACAUCUACCUCCACAAUGUGAUGACUGGUCAUCUUCAGGUAACUUCAGUGAACUGGACAUAAAAUGAUAUCAGUCACCUAGGCAUGGGAUCUCCAUCAAGUACCAGAACUGAAUGCAUGCAAAUGCUGAAGCUGAGAUUGUGAUAUAAAAUAGCCUUGCACUUACCUCAAUUCCUGGUAUAAAGCACUGUUGUGCUGAUCCAUAACCAGUUAAUGAAUCACUUGGGUCUUUCUUACUGGUGUUGUCUAUGAAGCAGGAAAAGUACGUUUUUUGCUUGUUGUUUUGCAGUCUGCACUUUCCUAGGUAAAGUCAGUAGCUGUUUUUAUGAGUAUUGACUCACUAAGUGAUGGCGUUGAAGUGAAGCUGUGCAUUAGUGGAAAAACCUGCCACUGCAUGUGAAACUGAGCCACAUCCACCCUGAUUUAUGCUGGCGCCAGUGGAGCAGUAGUAGAGAUAGGUUCCUGCUGCUGUUUACUGUUUGUUGGCUCCACUCCUGGAAGGUGCACCCAUGUGGAUGUUGCAUGGCAAGAGUGUUGGGCAUAGUGACAGCAUUAGGCAUGGCUGUGAUGCCCAUCUGCAAUCAGCCUACCAGUGCUUGUCAUGCGUGUUCACACACAGGCACUAGGGUACAGUACCAGAGGGUAACUGAGAUCCAUGGAGGUGUAUGUCAGCAUGAGACAAAAUGUGCAGGACAAGAUGAAGAGAGAAAAUCACCUGAGGGACCAAUACAUGGAAUUAUUAAAAUUGGUCUGCCAAGCUCUGUGAUUCAGUGUAUUAGCAAAUGUCAAAUCACAUAUUUAAUCCUUUUGCUUUGGACACACAAGCUUAAUAAUAAUCACUGGUGAGAGCAAACAAAUGCUUAUUUUGUUUGUCUGACAUUCAUCUAUCUAUUAUUUUAACACACAUUAACCUUUCCCCUAAAAUAACACAAAUGAAAUGCCCUUUGAAUGCAGUGUGUUCAUUCGCUGAUCUCACCAGUGAUCGCUUCCAGGUGGCUAUUCAUGUUAUUACAUGUCUCCUGAACUAUCAGCACUCUGGCUUUCAGGGAGCUGAGAUGUGGUUAGAAUUAACCCUAUCACACAUAUUGUUAGAUAGACCCAGAGACCAUAGAGUAGAGCUUUUCAUUCUACGUCAACAGACUUUAACAUUCUUCUAUUUUCAAUCUGUUUCUGCAUAGCCGAUUUCCAUGUUAAAUCUAAGGGGAGGAAGCAUAGGUGAUAUUAAGCAAUACAGUCCAGCCAUUUCAUUAGGAUUGACCUGCAUACGGGUAUAAACUUAAUACCUUUUAGAUCGUACAUGUUUGCUAUGUUUAAUUGUCACACUUAGAAAAUGUUACAUGUUAGUAACCAUGCAAACAAUGAUGGACAAGAAGAUCCUCAGGGCGCGUACAGCCUGACCCAUAUGAUGGUGAUUGUGAUGCCUUACAUGACAAUAUAGACACUCCCCUCCCCACCUGAAAAAUCACACAAUGUCCUGGGGGAUGACAAAAAAACCAAAUAGUAAACCCAGAGCAUUUUGGAAGGAAAGAAAUUUGAGAAGUUCCUCUCCAAACUUUUUUGGUGAUUGAACCUAGUGUUGGAUGUUAUUCUGGCUUGGUUUUUAAGUCAUGCAGUACCUACCUUUAUUUUUCCCCAAGGUGAUCUUGUGACCAUAUAAAAGAGAUUUAGAAACCAGACUGUUUGCACUCCCAGAUGCAGGCUCCUAUCUGAAAUGAGAUUGAUCUAAAGCGAUGACUUUAAGAUGUUCUGCCAAUUCUAUAAAAUUAAACUAUCACUAUUGGUGAACUUGGAAGGUAAAUAUUCAAAGGCAGUGACUGUGCUUUGGAAGCAAGACAUUGGGCUCAUUUAUUGAACAGCUAGAUGCUGUAAUGGGGUGAUGGCAGGAUUGGUGAGUGAGAUGUAUUGAGCUGAAAGGUCUUCUGCUGAACCAGUCUUGGUAAUCAGGAUAUCACAAUGCUGGUCAUUUUCUCUUCUCUGCUAAUUCUGUUGUCCAUUAUAAUCUCCUUUUCACUCAUUCUGGUGGCCUUCACGAAGGGGGAUCUGCAUCGAACUGUGUACUUGGAGGGUGAGCAAUAACCCUGUCCAGCACCAAAAGAAUUAUUAGCAUCUUCUCAGUGUGUACAGAAUGGGUCACUAAAAGGGUUAUUCUCCCAGAAUUUAUUGCAGGGAGCAAGGGCUGAGUGGACUUGCAGGAACAGUGUCACCAUUCAGUGCCCUGUGUUAUCUUGCAGCAUGCACACCAUGCAAAGUGGGUAAUUGGCCUCUAUCCAUGUGAGGUGAUCAUUCAAACCAUCACUGUACAAUGCUAAGACAACUGUUAAUUUAUUACUAACGAUCUGUUAUAUACAGUGAUAAGCUGAUCAACAUUUCAAUUAUUAAUUCUAAUCAAUAUUUAAUUAAUUUAUGAUACUCUGUAAAUUAUUGUAAUUCAGUGUACUUUGGAACUACUGAUUUUAUGAUAUAAAACAUCUAUGGAUAGAAAUAAAUAUAUUUGUUACCAUGAA